AUGCCAACACCGUUAGAAAAAGUGAUCCCUUUGGCUGAAGAGAGACCCAAAGCUGUCCUGAGUCUGAGCCCCAGCUGGACUCCAGUAUUCAGUGGAGAGACCGUCACUCUCACAUGCAGCAUACAGGGAGAGUCCACAUCAGACUGGAUCUACAGCUGGUUUAAAGGACAGCAGCAGGUUUACCCACGACAUCAAGACUGGAGUAACAGCAAUGAAUAUAGACUUCAGUCUGUACAGGAGGACAGCAGUGUGGUCUACGGCUGCAGAGGAAGACGAGCUGAUGAUGUGUUUUCAGAGAGACCCAAGGCUGCUGUGACUCUGACACCUGCCAGUAGAAACAUAUUCAGAGGAGAGUCUGUUACCCUCAGGUGUGAGAUCCCAGAGUGGACAGACACAGACUGGGACUACAGCUGGUAUUUAAAGAGAAUCUCAAACUCUCAUGUAGCCUCCAGUCAGGAUCAGGAGUACAGAAUCAGUUCUGCUGCUGAUGGAGACUCUGGUGAAUACACCUGCAGAGGGAGACAGAGAGCCACCACACAGAGUUCACAGACCAGUGAUGGGAUUAGACUGACUGUCUCAGAGAGACCCAAAGCUGUCCUGAGUCUGAGCCCCAGCUGGACUCCAGUAUUCAGUGGAGAGACCGUCACUCUCACAUGCAGCAUACAGGGAGAGUCCACAUCAGACUGGAUCUACAGAUGGUUUAAAGGACAGCAGCAGGUUUACCCACAUCAAGGCUGGAGAUACAGCAAUGGAUUAAGACUUCAGUCUCUACAGGAGGACCAGAGUGGGGACUACAGCUGCAGAGGAAGGAGAACAGAAGAUGCAAAGGAUUCUCAUCAGAGUGAUGAUGUAACUCUGACUGUUUCAACCCGACCCACAGCUACAUUAACAGUAGAGCCCCGGAGUCCUGUGUUCACUGGAGAGACGGUCACUCUGAAGUGUGUGAUAGAGUCUCUCAGUGGCUGGGUGUAUAUAUGGUAUAAAGACAGGGAUAACAAGGUUGUGUUUGAGGGAGACACAUUUACUCUAAAAGAAGUUACUGAAUCACAUAACAGCAAGUACUGGUGCAAGGGAGAGAGAAAAGAAAGACCCACAUCAUCUCAAAUCAGCGGUGAAACAACUGUUAAAGUUCAAGCAUCAAAGCCCAAACUCACAUUAAAUCCAGGCCACCAGCUCCUCACAGGAGACUCAGACUCUGACAUAGACACACAGACCUCUGAUCCUGUGGUCCAGACUGAUGGAAACUCCUACAGCAUCAUCUCUGUUCAAGUCUCUGAUGGAGGACAGUACUGGUGCAGAGCUGGGAGAGGAGACCCAGUCUAUCACACACAGUACAGUGAUGAAGUUGAGAUAAAGGUUACAGAAAGACCAGAAGCUACUGUUUCCUUUAAAUCAAGCUGGACAGAGUUCUUCAGUGGAGAAAAGGUCUCUCUCAGAUGUGACAUAAAGAGUGGGGAGAGCAGUGACUGGGAGUACAGCUGGUUUAGGGAUGGAGUCUAUAAGCCUGAAAAGGAACAUGAAAUCAAUCCAUCCCAAAGUGGUAACUAUACUUGUAAAGGACAAAGGAAACGUGAUAAAACAGAAUCAGAAGAAAGUGUUGCUGUUGGUAUUACAGUUUCUUCAGAGAAAGCCCAGGCAGUUCUGGGUUCCCUUUCACAGAUGUGGCUGACUGAAGGAGACUCAGUGACUCUGAGCUGUGAGGUUAGAGGCUCCACUACAGGCUGGAGAUUCCACUGGUACAAGACUGCCCCCUACAGUCCUGGAUAUUCUUUACAGCUGGUCUCAGACAGCAUCAGUGGAGCUGGAGGCUCCUACACUCUCAGCCCAGCUGCUCUUAGACACACAGGGGUUUAUGUGUGCAGAGCAGAGAGAGGAGAGCCAGCCUAUCACACAGAGUUCAGCCAACCUCAGCCACUCUGGGUCACAGGCGUGUCUCCUCCAGCUUCUGUGAUCAUCCACUCAAACUGGACCCAGAUCUUUACAUACGAGUCUCUCUCACUGAGCUGUGGGGUUCAGGGCAACUCUACUGGACUGAGGUGGUUCACAGGCAGAGGAGGGGAAUCAAAGUGUCCCACUGACUGGAGAUCAGAAACAGGAUCCACCUGCACCAUCAGAUCAGCAGCAUCAUCAGACAGUGGAGUGUACUGGUGUCAGUCUGAGUCUGGAGAGCAGAGUAAUCCUGUCAACAUCACAGUGCACACUGGUGAUGUGAUCCUGGAGAGUCCUGCCCAUCCUGUGACUGAGGGAGAUCCUCUGACCCUGCGCUGUAGAUAUCGCUAUAAGCCAUCAAACAUCAGUGCUGACUUCUAUAGAGAUGGGACACUCCUCCAGACCUCCACCACAGGGGAGAUGACCAUCCCUGCAGUCUCAGAGUCACAUGAAGGAGUCUAUAUGUGCAGGAACCCAGAGAAAGGAGAGUCACCAGAGAGCUGCGUCACA